AUGACACACUUUACUACAACAGAGGAUGAGGCACUAAUUUAUGGUUGGGUUAUAGCAAGCAACGAUCCGAUUAAUGGAAAAGAUAAAAAAGGUGCAAUAUUUUGGUGGAAGAUUAUUGAAGACUUAAAUAAAAGAAUAGGCCCUAAUGGUACCCAAAGAGAUAAAAGGUGCAACACAUUGAGAACCGAAGUGAGAAGAUAUGUUUCACAUGUUAGGCCCUACUUUCGAAACAAACCUUCGGGGUUGAAUGAACAUGAUUAUUAUCGUCGUGGACAACAAAAUUAUGAAGCAGAGUUUGGAAGACUUUGGAAGCACGAAUCGGUUUUCCAGAUCCUGAAGACCUAUCAACCCGACUACAACUCAGCGGUGAAUAACGAUGACGGAGCUGACAUAUCUUGUAGAAGACGCUAUUUCGAACAAACAAAUGACGUUAGAAGUGCAGGGAGAGAUCAAGCAAAGAAAAGGGCUCGUGAGGCUAAAGCAUCGCAGAAAGCACAUGAAAAAAUGGAUAAACUCAUCGAACUUCUUGAAAACGCACAAGCACAAAGGGUUUCCAAGUAUGAAACAGAGGAAGAGUACCAGAAGAAGAACAUGGAAAACUCUUCAAUCUUGGCACAAACACAACAAAGAGAAGCUGACAUGAAGAUCCUACGCCAAAACUUGAAUAAAUUAGAGGAUUGGGAGAAACCCCUCUACAAAAUAUGGAAGAACGAGAUUUUCGCCCGUCAUGGAUUGCCACUUAUCCCCUAA